AUGGAUGCAGUGUUGGGCUCCCUAGUGAUUAUGGUGAUGACUUUGGCAGCAGAAGCCCAACUGAAAACUGGGUUUUAUUCUACCUCAUGUCCAAAUGCUGAGGCCAUAGUACGGUCCACCGUAGUAUCCCACUUCAACAAAGAUCCAACCAUUGCUCCUGGCCUGCUCAGGCUUCAUUUCCAUGAUUGUUUUGUCCAGGGAUGCGAUGGUUCAAUUUUGAUUGGAGGCUCUUCUGCUGAGAGGAAUGCAUUGCCAAACCUUGGUCUAAGAGGUUUUGAAGUGAUUGAUGAUGCAAAAUCACAAAUAGAGGCCAUAUGCCCUGGAGUUGUCUCAUGUGCUGAUAUUCUAGCAUUGGCAGCACGUGAUGCUGUUGAUUUGAGUGAUGGCCCAAGUUGGUCAGUACCCACAGGAAGAAGAGAUGGGAGGAUUUCUUUAUCAUCCCAAGCCUCGAACUUGCCUUCACCCCUCGACCCAGUUUCUGUCCAGAGGCAAAAAUUUGCUGCCAAAAGUUUGGAUGAUCAUGAUCUUGUCACAUUAGUUGGUGCACAUACCAUAGGCCAAACAGAUUGCCGGUUCUUCAGUUAUCGUCUAUACAAUUUCACCACCUCUGGCAAUGCUGAUCCCUCUAUAAACCUAGCUUUCUUAGCCCAACUUCAAGCACUUUGUCCAAAAAAUGGAGAUGGAUUGAGAAGGGUGGCUUUGGACAAAGAUAGUCCAGCCAAAUUUGAUGUUAGUAUCUUCAAGAAUGUACGUGAUGGUAAUGGUGUUCUGGAAUCAGACCAGAGGCUGUGGGAAGAUUCUGCUACACGACUUGUGGUGCAAAACUAUGCUGGGAACAUUAGAGGGUUACUGGGGUUGAGAUUUGAUUUUGAGUUUCCAAAGGCCAUGAUUAAGUUGAGUAGUAUAGAGGUGAAGACUGGCAAUGAAGGAGAGAUUAGAAAAGCGUGUUCCAAUUUUAAUUGA